AUGGCACAAGCAAAAGCACAAGCAGCAGCAGCAGCAGCAGCAGCUAACCGACGACGAUUACAGAAAAAGAGACCUGCUCGGGAAGCAAUAGACGAUGAGGACGAAGAGGAAGAAGAGUUUUUAGAAAAAAAUGACAUUGUAGAAAUUGAUGAGGAUGAUGAUCUUUGGACCAAUUUGAGAGGCGAAGAAGCUGUGAGCCGUAGUCAUAGUCAUGGUAGUAGGUCCAGUACUGUUGCUAAAACCAAUGGUGCGGGAUCUAGCCGCACGGCAGCAUUAUUAUCAGCACUAGCACCUAGAGAUGAUGAUGAAGAUCAACAGGAUGAAAUUGACGCGCCGACUUUUCGACCUGAAACAAUGCAUGCAAUCUUUAAAGGAGUUUGGACAGACUCAGGAACAAGAUCAAGUAAAGAGGCAUUGCAGUUGUCAGCCGAGUAUCUAAGACUGUUUACAAUUGAAGCCUUACAUCGAACUGCAGCAUAUCAACGGGAUCAAGAAGACGAAGAGCUAAGGAACGAUGAGAUAUUGAUUGAACUUGAUUCUUUGGAAGCUAUCACACCUCAGCUAGUCAUGGACUUUUAA